AUGAAUGUCGUGAGGAAAUUGCGGCCUAAUAUAUCAAAGCCAUCAUUGGACGUCUUAACGCGAUGGCAUUCCACUCACGAUAUGUUGUCGUCUUUAUUAAAAUUUAAAGAUUUUGAUACACAAGUUGGUUUAUCCGAAAACAACUGGGCGGAUAUAGAAUCCUUAGUGGAAGCAUUGCAACCAGCAAAAAUAACGGCCAAGAAAUUGCAGUCUGACCAGCUGCUUAUGCCUGAUUUUUAUUGCGCAUGGUUAUUGUGCAUAGAAAAGACAGAGGAAAUAGAUUCGACAUUGGCCAAAAAUAUAGUCAAAUGUAUGAAAACAAGGGAAACAAAACUGUUGGAUAAUGCAAGUCUUUUAUCUAGUGUAUUUUUGGACCCCCUCCUCAACGGUUUGCUGGAUGAGACUCAACAAGCAAUAGCCAAAAAGAAUUUAUGUGCAAUUUGGUACCGGUUAAACCAGUUCACUGAAAACCAAACUCAACAGAAGAAAUAUUAA